UGGUUGUGGGCAGCCAGGGCCAUUAUAUAUAAAGCAGUUAAAGUACACAUCGUCAGUUGAGAGCAACAAUACGAUCCACCAUGUUGUUUUAUAUGAUGUUUGUGGUGAUAGCCGUCUGCGGUGCUGCUCCUAGUGACCCCUGCUUCAACUACGACAGCCCUCAGAAGUCCAAGGGUGACACUAAAAAGGAAACCACGCUGAAUAUGGACGCCGGACUUGCAUUACACCGUCCUCAAUCAGCGACCUCCCGUCAAGAGGAGGAGCUGAUACAGAAGAGUGUUCGGGCUCUGAACUCCACCACCGAUCCAUUGGAGAGACUUAGGCUCCUGUGUCUCUCGAGAGGCGCUUCAGGAAUUCUGGGCCUCGGAAGAAUCUUCAGAAGAAUGGAUGAUGAUGGCAGCAAGCAGCUAAAUAUGGAAGAAUUCCUGAAUGGUAUCAAGGAAGCGGGUUUGGAGCUCAAUAGAGAGGAGGCUGACAAUUUGUUUAAGAAGUUUGAUAAAGACAACAGCGGCUCUAUCAGCCUUGAUGAAUUCCUUGUUCAGAUUCGGCCUCCGAUGUCUGAUGGUCGUCGAGCCAUAGUGGAGCAGGCAUUCCGGAAGUUGGAUCGCUCUGGUGAUGGACUUAUCACCGUUGAUGAUGUAAAAGGGGUCUAUUCUGUUACUUCAAACCCCAGAUACAUGAGCGGUGAAGAGACGGAGGAACUUAUUUUGAACAAAUUCCUCGCUAACUUUGAAACAGAUGGCAUUGUUGAUGGAAAGAUAACUCUGCAAGAGUUCAUGGAUUACUACAGCGGCAUAAGCGUUUCUAUUGACAAUGACUGCUACUUCGACCUCAUGAUGCGUCAGGCUUACAAACUGUAAACAUAUGUAUCUCGCUAUCUCAUAUACUCAAGAGAUAUUAAUUUGCACUUUUAAUGUUUCACAAUUUAAUUUGAAUAUUAUAUAUUAAAUUAUUAACGCGUGCUAUUACAUCGUCACAAUAAAGAUACAAUAAUAACA